UGGGUCAAAAUUGUUGCUAAAUCUCUCCUUGACGCUCUGGACACGAUCUUGGUUUCCAAUCUGGUGUACAGUUUCUGAAAUAUCUUUGGAUUAAAGUUGCUCUUUGACUGGCUAAUGCCAAAAAAUUAUCAUAAAUCUCACUUAUGAAGGUUUUACUGCUAAGGGAUCUUGAAUAAGUCUGAAUUUGAUAAAUUCGGCCAGUAGUGUUUAAAACUACAUAUUAAAACUGCAUUUUCAAAUGCUUUCUGCUGAACUAUUUCAAUCAAAAUAAAGAUUUCUCGAAAUUACUAUUAUUGCAAUAGGCACAGAAGAUCUCUGUUAUUCAUAAAUGGAGAGCUGACAUUUUUUGACUCUUCAAAAUGGCUUACAAUCAGGACUACUCAUCAGUAAUAUCAAAAGGCCUUUGGUAUUUAUCAAUUAUAAUAUCUUGAAAGCCAAAAGUUUCAAAUGAAAUCAUUACCAGUUUGAAAUGCUAUGCAUGUAACAUCUUCGCUUGAGUUAUUUCUCGAAUCCUCAAAGACACGUCAUGGAACUGGUCAAGAAGGUUGUACCAAGCUCAUGGCUACUCUACAGUCCCUCCUCUAUCAUAAUUCGACUAAGAUCGGUAAAAUAUUUGAGUCAGUUUACCAAUGAUGAGCCACUUCUUGGGCAUGAAAGGACUUGGAGCUCCUUCUUGUCAAUUUUAGGCUUAGAGUUUUCUUUAGCCUUGUUCUUGUCUUUGAUCUUUUGAGACCUUUCCUUUUCUUGCUACAUUAUUUCUUCUUCAUUGUCUUACCAUUGCUGUUGCCUCUAGGGUUUCCUGCUUUAAUACAGGCUCUCUUUUUCCUCCAGAAUUCCAUUUUGAUUAAGAGAAGAAGGUUGAGAGUGGAGUUCAGGAAGUACCAGAGUAAAGCACAGAUUAUGCUUAUAAGUAGAAGAGUUAGGACCAGCCUCAUGAGUAAUACCAAAAUAUACGUGUUCGUUUGUAGACUCAGUUUUUGGUGUUCUAUCUUGUUUAGUAAAAUUAUGAAGUUUCUCCUACUUUAGUGACUCCAUUUUUGCCUGAGAUUUCUUCAUCCUUGGGAGUUUUACCUUUGAUUUCAUAAGAUUAUCCAGAAUAAACUGCCAGGUAAUAAAAUUUUGUGUUUUCUCAGAUUCCUUCUUUUUGACAUUUCCCUGCAUAGUUUACUUUGUUUUUAGGAUCAACAAUGGAAAUGUCAGAGCAUUGAUAAAGUAUUUCAUAUCCAGGGACUUUAUACACCUAUUCAAGCGUUCAGUAAGAACAACUUAUUUCA